UUACUAUCCGGUGGGGAACAAGGAUUUCGUAAACGACAGAGGACAAACCAGAAGAGCAAGGAGUCAAACAUGUCUGUGGAUUGGGUGGGAUAUGGAUACGCAGCCCUGGUGGCUUCAGGGGGUGUUUUCGGCUAUGUGAAAGCAGGCAGUGUCCCGUCCCUAGCUGCCGGCCUUCUUUUUGGAGGACUCGCCGGUGUCGGUGCUUAUCAGAUCUCCAAUGAUCCCAGUAAUAUUUGGCUGUCUCUCGCUACAUCAGGUGCACUGACAGGUGUCAUGGGAAAAAGGUUCUAUGGCUCCAGGAAGUUCAUGCCUGCUGGUCUAAUGGCGGGUGCGAGUCUUUUGAUGGUGGGGAAACUCGGCAUGACGCUGCUCAACAAACCGCAACAGUCCUCAUGAAAACAAAAACAUCUCGGCAGAGGUCAUGUGCAGUCUGAAGAAUGAAGCAGUAACAUUAAUUAUUAUUGUUGGUUGUUAAAUUGAUCUAACGUUUGGUGGUCAGUUAAGAACUUUCGUGAAGUUGACCACUCAUCAGAUGCAAAUUUUUAGGAAAAUUAUGUCAUUCGUUUGUGCUUGUUUGUGCUGAAAAUUUUUUCGUUUGUGCAGCUAUCGUUUUUGAGAUUCUAACAAUUCUUCUAUAGGUCAAGCUGAUGUCAACUAGCCCCCCCAUUUUGUUUAAAAAUGGUGUUAAUCGUUUGUGCUGUAAAAAAAUGUGUUUGUGCUGCUAUCGUUUUUGAGAUAUUAACAUAUUAAUUUCAAUUCAUGACAUCACGCAGCCCCACAUUUAAUGCAAAAUGGACCCGAAAUGAUGCCAUUCGUUUAUGCUACGUUUGUGCUGCAAAAAUUUUUGUUUGUGCUGCUAUCGUUUUAAAGAUAUUGAAAUAUUCAUUUUGAGUGAUGACGUCACUCAGCAGCACCACCGUCGCGGCUGAUGAACCGUACCAACUCUCUCAAUAACGGAGGGAUGUCCCAACAACUAGCGUAGGGUGACCAUAUUUUGAUUUCCAAAAAAGAGGACACUCGGCCUGGCCUCGAGAUACUUGAAUUUUACUCGAAAUUUACUCAAAGAUGCCUAUGUCACUUUAUUAUAUUUAAAAUGUGCCUCCUCCGUCUGGAUAGAAAAAUUCAGUUUUAUUAAAAAAAAAAAAAAAAGAAAGAAUUACAUAAUGAUAAAAAAAUAUGUAUAAUACAGACCUGUGGAAAUGUUGUCCGUUCAACACACACACACACACACACAGUAGGCUAUGUGCUAACAUUUUUAUAAAUUUUCACAAUAAUUGUCGUUGACAAAUUGUUAUUCCCACUCAAUUGUUAUUCUCAUUCAAUGUUCUAGAUUGCACGCAAACAAUACCCAAAAUAAACUGAUAAA